CGCGAAGAGAAGAACAACCCGGACUCCCGCAUGCGCUGUGGAGGCACGCUUGCCUCCUGGGGUAUGUGUGCUUCCGCGGUCGCCGGGGUCGCCGUCUCUUCCCUGGUGGUUCGGACAGCGGAGAGCGGGAAGAUGGAGACGAAGGCCACCGCGCCGGUGCCCCAACCUGGGCCUAUCAGGAAGCUCGCUAGGAAGAAAGCCAAGAAGAAGUUCAGGAAGAGCAAAGCGCUGGCAGGGAGUGGGACUCCGGGAAGCCACCCGGCAGCAGUGGCGGGCCGACCGCCGAGAACCCCAGAGAACUUUUCUCAAAAUUGGAAGGCGCUGCAAGAGAUGCUGAAACAAAAGUCACAGGCCCCAGAAAAACCUCUUGUCUCUCAGAUGGAUGACAAAAUGCAUCCCCAAAUAAUCCUGCAGAACAGAACAAAGGCCUCAGAUAAAUCAAAGGGAGACAAGAAGAAGACAGAGAAAGCCAAGACUACUAGGGCUUCUGUUACGUCUGCACCUAAGGACAGGAAGAUACUAGUACCUCCCACAGAUGCCUCUGGGACAGAGCAGAAGAAAGGAGCCAAGAAGAGGACAUAUAGUGACAUCUCUUCUCGUCAAGGGGAUCUCAAGCCUAAGUGGAAAGCUACAGAGGCAGCUGUUACCUUGAGUCAGCCCACGCCCACUGAGGAAGACAUCUGGUUUGAUGAUGUGGAUCCAGAUGAUAUUGAGGCUGCCAUAGGCCCAGAGGCAGCCAUGCUGGUACGGAAGAGGCUGGGGCAGAAGAAGAGGGCCAUCUCCCUAGUAAAGGAACAAGCCUUUGGCGGCCUGACAAAAGCCUUGGCCCUGGAUUGUGAGAUGGUAGGCGUGGGUCCCAAAGGGGAAGAGAGCAUCGCAGCCCGUGUGUCCAUCGUGAACCAGUAUGGGAAGUGUGUUUAUGACAAGUACAUCAAGCCAACUGAGCCAGUGACCGACUACAGGACAGCCGUCAGUGGGAUCCGGCCUGAGAACCUGAAGCAGGGAGAAGAGUUUGAAGUUGUGAAGAAGGAAGUGGCAGAAAUGUUGAAGGGCAGAAUCCUGGUGGGGCAUGCGCUACACAAUGAUUUAAAGGUUUUGUUCCUUGACCAUCCAAAAAAGAAAAUCAGGGACACUCAAAAAUUCAAACCAUUCAGGAGUCGAGUAAAGAGUGGACGACCGUCUCUGAAACGACUUUCUGAGAAAAUUCUGGGGCUCAAGGUCCAGCAGGCAGAGCACUGUUCAGUCCAGGAUGCCCAGGCAGCAAUGAGGCUUUACAUCAUGGUGAAACGGGAAUGGGAGAGCAUUACUGCAGACCGGCGUGCCCCAGCUGCCACUGUACAGCACUGCAGCGAGUACUCUUAGCACCAUCCUACUGCUGUUGCCACCACCCUGUCCUUCAGUGACUUCUCAAUCCAGUGGCAGUUGGGAUGGGGAUUUGAGGCCUGUCAGGUCUAUGCACAGCAGGGACUCUGUCUCCGGUGAGCUUUCUCAGAGCCAUGGCUGCAGGCUUGUGAGCUGCUGUAGCUUCCUCCUGAACUACCAGGGCCUAAUCCAGCACCUGUGUGUUGAGGUAGACUGGUCAGAUAUGGGGCAGCAGUCAGGGGUGUAGGUUCAGAGGAAGGAGAACAUCAUUGGAAUAUAUGAGAAUGCUGCAGAGUCUAUGUCUGCUGACCACCUGGGCUACCACUUAACAAUGAGCAUAGCUGGUCUCAGCCAGGGCACUCAGCACCUUCCUUUAAGGAGCAAGAAGCACCUUCUCUUGCAAAUAAGGGGACCAGCUCUGCUGGAUCUGAGGGAUCCAGGCUAAGGGCGUUCCGUCUGCUGCAAACCAAUCUGGCCAGCACAGCCACCGCCCAUCGAGGACUUUCUUAAAGCUACUGGGCUGGAGGUCCUUUCUCACUCCUUUGUCCUUUGCUUGGCCUAAGAUGCCCAUGUCCAGUCAUGUUUUCUCCAGACAGUCCUUGGGGUGAGCCUUGGGGCACAGGUACACUCAGAGGUCUAAGAUCCUACCACCUGGAACAGUGGAAGCAAAAAGGCCAUCUUCCCGCUGUCCUGCCAGCAGCUUUUCUGGGUAGCAGCAAGUACAGAGUGACCAGUGAACUUUAUGGACUUAGCUGACAACACCUAGAACACGUGCAUCCAUGCAUAUGAUGACAGGUCUGCUUUUAAUGCAGCUGUGAACUGAGGUGUGGCUCAGAGGAUACUUGUUCACUAAGUGUAAGUAAGACCCUGGAGUCCUUUCCCAGCACUGUCAAAAAUAAAUGGAUGGAU